CGACCUUGGCCGCACCAACUUGGUGCAGCAUGAUAUUAUGACACGACCUGGUAUCCCAGUCAAGCAGCCACCACGCAGGAUGGCGGGGGUUAAACAACAGAGUGCCGACCAACAGAUUCAACAGGGCUUGGAGGCAGGCCUAGCCCGCAGCAGCCACAGUAGCUGGGCGUCACCCAUAGUGAUGGUACGUAAAAAGGAUGGAACAUUUCGCCUCUGCAUAGACUAUAGGGCCCUGAAUGACUGCACUAUCAAAGAUGCGUACCCACUGCCCCGCAUCCAAGACACAUUGGACACCCUCUCCACUGCCAGGUGGUUCAGCACACUAGACCUUGCAUCUGGCUACUGGCAAGUUGAACUAACCCCAAGAGCUCGUAAAGCAGCAGCCUUCUGCACCCGAAAUGGACUGUUCGAAUGGAAUGUCAUGCCCUUUGGACUGUGUAAUGCUCCAGCGACAUUCCAGCGACUCAUGGACCGUGUCCUGGCCGGCAUGCAAUGGGAAACCUGCCUGGUUUAUCUGGACGACAUCAUUGUGCUGGGCAGAGACGUGCCAGAGAUGCUGGAGCGGCUGGGCCAAGUUUUCACCAGGCUCCACCAAGCUAACCUGAAACUAAAGCCUGCAAAGUGUUGCCUCUUCCGCCACCAAGUUGCCUACCUGGGUCACAUUGUAUCAGAGGAUGGUGUCGCCACUGACCCCAGUAAAAUCCAGAAAGUGAAGGAGUGGCCAACACCCACAUCAGUUCAGGAGGUCCGCCAUUUCAUCGGUCUCGCAUCCUAUUAUCGGCGGUUUGUGAAAGGCUUUGCCACCAUAGCUGAGCCCCUCCAUGCCCUGACCAAGAAGUAUGCACGGUUUCAAUGGACUGAACAAUGCCAGGCAGCAUUUGACAAACUCAAGUGCCUGCUUACCACUGCGCCAGUCUUGGGCUACCCACUUGACCAGGGCGACCUGGUACUGGACACCGAUGCAAGUGAUGUGGGCAUUGGCGCUGUUCUCUCCCAAAUCCAGCAGGGGAGGGAACGUGUCCUAGCAUAUGGCAGCCGCAAGUUGUCUAGGACUGAACAGAACUACUGUACCACCAGGCGGGAGCUGUUAGCAGUGGUUGAGUUCACGUCACACUUCCGGCAGUACCUCCUGGGGCGGUCUUUUGUUGUUCGUACAGACCACAGCAGUCUUCGGUGGCUAACCAAGAUGAAGGAACCUGAGGGACAGCUUGCCCGGUGGCUUGAGAAACUUAGUGAAUACAACCUGGAGAUCAUCCACCGCCCAGGUCGGCUGCACAGCAAUGCAGACAGCCUCUCCAGGAGGCCUUGCCCCCAGUCAUGUCCAUGCAAGCUGCCCAGUCCCUCCCCUUAUCCAGUGAGUGUCAGACAUCAGGCGGUGCAGUGCGAGUUGGACUCUGAUGUCAGCCAAGUGCCACAGUGCUCAGUGGGGGUAGGCAGACACCCCGGGUUGGCAGCAGUGGGUCCAGUGGGGGUGGAGGAAGCUUCACUUGCCAAUACAGACACUUUGAGUUACACGGAGAGAAUUUACCUGACUAAGACUGAUGAGGCUGAAACUAAACUGUUUUGUGGUUGGUCUUUACAGGAGCUGCAGCAGGCCCAAAAAGCUGACCCAGACAUUGCUCCCAUCAGAACCUGCUCUGCCACAAAAACGUACUGGAGCCAAUGGAAACGGCUCUACUUCCAAAAUAGAAUACUGGUUAGGCGGUAUUACUGCCUUGAUGACACCCACUUCUACCCCCAGAUUGUGCUGCCUCGUGUCUUCCGGCCCGAUGUCAUGAAGCAGAUGCAUGAGGGACCAGUUGGUGGACACUUUGGCGUGGAGCGCACGGUCACUCGGCUGCAGACCCGAUACUUCUGGUACCGGAUGAGGGAAGACGUCUCCCUCUGGUGUGCCACCUGUACCAGCUGUGCAUCCAAGGCCAGGCCCCACAAAACACCACAAGCACCGAUGGGCACUGUUCGUGUUGGAGCCCCAAUGGAGCGUGUCGCCUUGGACAUUAUGGGCCCAUUGAAUGAGACAGAGCGCCGUAACAGGUAUGUGCUCGUCAUACAGGACUAUUUCACUAAAUGGGUAGAAGCCUUUCCCCUGCCUAAUGACAAGGCAGUAACUGUUGCUGAAGUGCUGGCUUCAAAGUGGGUGUGUCGUUAUGGAACUCCACAGUCGCUGCACAGUGACCAAGGCCGGAACUUCGAGUCUGAAGUGUUCCAGGAAAUGUGUGCACUGUUUGGUAUAGAGAAAACACAUACCACACCUUUCCGACCUCAGUCUGAUGGCCAAGUUGAACGGUUCAAUGCUACCCUACAAAAGAUCUUGGCCACCACAGCGGAGCGUUGCCACUGGGACUGGGACCUCAUGAUCCCUUAUGCAGUGAUGGCCUACAGGGCGACAAAGCAUAGUGCAACUGGGUUCACUCCCAACUUCAUGAUGUUUGGAAGGGAAGUGAGUGAGCCGGUGGACCUCGUGGCAGGCCUCCCAUUGGACCCUGAAGAGACCCUUUCAGCCCCUGAGUAUGUCCAACAACUCCGAGAGCGCCUAGAGCUGGCACAUCAAAUUGCCAGAGAAGCACUUGGGGAGUCUGUGAAACGGGCAAAGAGAGAAUACGACAAGAACUGUUGCCGCACACAGUACCAGGUGGGUGAUGCGGUUUGGUAUCUCAUCAAAGGUACGCGCAAAGUUAAGAGCAAGGUUAGAAAGUUCCUUCCAUCCUAUGAAGGCCCGUACUUUAUCCUGGGGCAGUUAGAUGAUCUGGUGUAUCGUAUUCAGAAAUGCCCCAGGACCAAAGUUAAAGUGGUUCAUCAUGACCAGCUGAAACCUUAUCGUUCUCGUGAUCCCCUGGAUAAUGCCUGGGUCAGACAGCAUGCUGGAAGCUGGACACCAGUGGAGGUGUCACCCCCCACUUUGGACGAGGAUCCUAUGGACACCGGUCUGGGUUUGUCGCAACUGUUCCUUGUGGCAGACACCAAGGGGACCCCAAGCACCAUCCCUUCAGGUCCAGCAGUGGAAAUCCCAGGAGCUGCAGCUGCAAACUCUUCCACCUCCCCUUGUCUGGACUUUCCUGCCUCUGAGGACCCUUGUGAUAGUGGGGGUAGUGCUUCAGCACUAUUUCAGCAGGACCAGCGCCCUCAAAGGCCAAGGCGCAAGCGGAGACCACCGACCAGGUUGGGUGAGUGGGUGACUCAGUGA